GACGAACUCGAGCCACGACGGUUCCGAGAGAGAUUCAAAAAUCAACAUUGCAACAAGAACGAACCCUAACCGUUUACAAUCUCUAAUUCGUUCCACUUUCUUCAUCGUUCCUGCUCCACCGAAAUGGCGAGUGAGAGUUCCCAAUCUUCCUCGCAGUCGCCGUCUCCGUCGCUGGGAGAUACGUUCGUAGGAAGCUCCAUCAGUCUAAUUUCUAACUCGGAGAUCCGUUACGAAGGCAUUCUCUACCAUCUCAACGUCCAUGACUCUACGCUAGGUCUAAAGAACGUGAGAGCUUGUGGAACAGAGGGGAGGAAGAAAGAUGGGUCGCAAGUUCCGCCGUCUGAUACAAUUUACGAUUACAUUCUUUUCCGCGGAAGUGACAUCAAGGAUCUGCAAGUGAACCCUUCUCCAUCUGUACAGCCAAGGCAGGAGAUUCAGCGUGAACAAGACGUUAAUCAGACCUCUAAUGCUAGGCCAGAUAUGAGCUCUCCGCCUUCUGGAAAUGAUAGUGGUUAUGGUUUGGGGAGAGGAGCACAAUGGGUUAAUACACCUGCUUUGAGUAGUAAACCGGUUUCUGCUACACAGCACUCAGCAGUUCCUUUUGGCUUCCAGCCUCCUCCUCUUAAUGGUGGAAGCUUGACAGAAUCACCAGCAAGCCUUAAUGCUGGUUUGUCUAUGCCCAUGCCUUCUUUUGUGCAAGGAAACAAAGUACCUUCCAGUAGUGCCCCUCCUGGUAUGAUGCACCAGGUAGUUUCAUCCGCCUCAACGAAGCACAAUGAUCCUCAGAUUAUAGAUGUGUCUGCUUCACCAGUUGUGCGUUUAGUUGAUGAUACAUCACAGGUUACUUCUAAUCAAGCAUACUCUUCUAACCCUUCUCCCCAUGGUCAAGCACAACAGCAUACUCCACCUGGCCUUGCUUCUUCACCCUCCAACCUUUCUCCACUUUCUGAAGCACAGCUUUCUGGUCCAUAUAUUCAGAACAGUUACCCCAUUGCACCUCAGGCUGUUGUUAAUGGUGUUUAUGACUCUCUGCCUAACCAUCAUAACCGAUCGGUACCUUAUAAUUUACCAGCUAUGGCUUCUGGCUCACCUCCUGUACUUCCUGGUCCGCCUCAGUCAUUUUCUGACAUGAAACCGUUACUGCAAUCUAGGCAGCAGAUGGUAGUCAAUAGGGGUCAAGAGAUGUUUGGUGCAACUAACCCUGUAUCGAUGGGUGUGCCAUCUCGAGGUCUUUCUACCACAUAUCAAGGGCCAUUGAUGCCUCUCGCGGCUUCAGCUCAUCAGUCUCAGGUCCCUGGUUCUAGCAAUGAGUUCACUGAAGAAUUUGAUUUUGAGGCAAUGAAUGAAAAGUUCAAUAAGAGUGAACUAUGGGGUUUUCUCGGUAAAAACAAUCAAAUCAAUCACAAUGAAGAAACUGCAGUUAAGCCAAGCGAAGAAGGGAAGGCAAAGCCUGCUUAUAACAAAGAUGACUUUUUCGAUACAAUCUCGGUCAAUCCUCUUGACCGUGUAACAAGAAGCGGACAACACAGCCAGUUUCCGGAGCACAUGAGACAAAAUCCUGAGGCAUAUGGUAACCAUUUUCAAAUGCCACUUCAACCACAACCUGGCCAGGGUGCAUAUCUCGCUGCACAGACCAAUUACAGAGGCGGAUAUAAUAAUAGUAACAACAACAACAACUACCACUCGAAUUGGGGUUAUGGUUAUUACUCUGGUGGGAGAGGCCGAGGCAGAAACACUCCGUUCUGAAUUUCUGUCUUCUCUUAACCGUUGUCUUUGAAUCCCAAGAUUUGGUAGCAUAUUAUAUUGGCAAGUUCAUUUUCCUGUUUUUUUUUUCUGUUUGAUGAGCUUUAGCCUCUAGGGAGAGUGUUGUUUGUUCUUCAAUGAAACAAAAUAGUACUAUGAACCUUUUGGUAAUGCAAAUCUUUAAGUAUAUAUACUGGGCUUAUUUGCCAACUAGCUAUAUUUUGAACACAAAUU